GGUUCUACAAAUUAAUUAAAAAACAAAUUUAACCUCAAUGUUUCAAGAUAACUCUUGAUGAAAGUUCUAGGCACUCGGAAUCGCACAAAACCCCUCUUUCUCCUCACAACGUCCCCUAAAAAUACUGGUGUGUUGCUUGUAGGUUUGACGGCUUUUAGGUUUUUGCAAAACAUAAUAUUUUGACAGAAAUUACAAAUGAGGUUGUCCUAAAACAAAGAAUUUUAUUUUAUUUAUUGAUUAUGAACGUCGUGACAGCUGAGCAAUAAACAAUAACAAUAAACAUAUGAGAAGUACGAUGGAUAAAUAAGUGCUAUAAGAAUAUAAAGAUGGUUAUUUGACAAAAUAUAGAAUAAAAUGUAACUUAACAAAAUGUAACUUAAGAAAUGUAUAGACAUUUGAUGCAGGUACAAAAACAUUUGUAAUUUCUUAGAAUGAAUGAGAAACUGCCACUAUAAUGUGCGCAAAUAAUAAAAUUAGGUGGAAGUUGAACUAAUAAUUAUGAGAAUUACACGUUUUUUAUCAGAAAAAUCCACGUGAACCUUGAAAAAAAGGUCAAUGUGGUGCUUUAAACCUGAAAGGAUUUUCCCGGAAGCUGCUUUUCACUUUCCGGAUAAUUGGGUCAAGAUGGCGACAUCCAUAACGAGGACAUUUGGGUCUCUUCGUAUCGUUGCACGCAGAAGCUUAAAGAAUGCUGAGGUCGCUCUGAAUGUACGGCAUCCUGGCCCACUUUUCUUGCCGGUUCGGACCAAGAAGAGGUACUUUAUACCUCCAGCGGUGGGCUUGAAGGGGAAGAAGGAAGAAAACCCAGAGGCUAAGGCUCGAGCAGCUGGCAUCGUCUUCCGACAGCAGUACUUAGAGAGACCCAUUAACAUCGCCUGCUCAGCGGGAGUAUUUGACCCGUACAUCCCUCCAGAAGGAGACGCACGCCUUUCCACUCUGUCUAAGGAAGGCCUGAGACAGCGAACAGAACAGAUACGACAGAGCGCCGCAUCACAACUCGCGAUUCGGAAAAUCAAAGAUUACGAUUCACAGUUCAGCACAAAGACGUUUGCAGAGCAAGCUCAAGAGAUCUUCAUAGAGGCUCACAACGCCCUGACACACUUCAAUAAAGAGAAGCUUCAUUCUCUGGUUACAGAAAGAUGUUAUCCUGAGAUGACGAGAGGCAACCGUUACAAGACGAUCCGGUGGAGGUUUGUCGAGUCACUGGAACCGCCCAGAGUGGUGCAUGCCCGCUGCCCCGACAUGGUCACUAAAGGCAACCUGUAUGGGCAGGUUACAGUUCGUAUGCACUCCAAGCAGACGGUAGCGAUCUAUGAUCGCUUCGGGCGGCUGAUGCUGGGCAGCGAGGAGCAACCAAAGGACGUCCUGGAGUACCUGGUCAUUGAAAGGCAUCUGGUCAACCCCUACAGUAGAUGGAGGCUACACGGGAAAAUUGUGCCCUCAUGGGCUCCUCCCAAAGACCCAAUUAUUAAGACGGUUGCCAUACCUGGUCCAGACCUGAAGCCAUGGGAAGAAUUUGAUGCCUUCAACUAUGAAAUUCCCAAACCAGCAGCAGUACAGUGGAAUAAGUAGGUCAGCAGGGGGCGCUGGUCAUUACAUUAAACUGAGGACAUCAAGGAAAUACUCAAGACAUUGAAUUUUUGGAUCGAGUUACUCUUGCUUAAGGAGAAAAAAACACGCUUUGUUUUUUUUUAUGCUUCCUUCUAAUAAAAAAUCUUUAAGAUUUUGAAGGAUGUGAAGAAAAAUCUGAGUUUUGGUUCAAACAACCAGCUGUGCUCUGAAGUUACCAGAUCAACAUAACUUUUUGUUAUGCUUGUGAGAAUAAUUUUAUUUGUACAUGCAAGAAAUAAAAAUGCACAGAGCUCUAGAAAUGGAGUGGUUUAUUUCUGCACCAAAUGUACAAGAUGCCGACUUCUGCAAUGGAAAAUAAAUACUGCUAAUAAUGA